CCGCCGCCGCCGCCGCCGCCGCCUCACACACUCGGGGAGCGAGCGGGAGCGCGGCGCGGACGCGGAGCCGCCGGGCUGCUGCGCCCACCGCCAGCCGGAGCCGGAGCCGGAGCCCGAACCGCAGCGCCAGCCCCCGGCGAGCAGAGCCGCCGCAGCCCGGGCCGGGGCCGGCAGCGGCUCAUGGACAGCGGGGCCGGCGGGGCCGGCGGCCGGUGCUGCCCCGAGGCGGUUCUCCUGAUUCUGGAGCCUGCCAGGAUGGGGCCCCCGAGGCCCAGCUCAGGCCCUGGGGGGCAGCCGCUGCCGUGGCCCCUCUGGCUGCUGGCGCUGCUGCUCCUGUCGGCUCCGUCCGCGGGCCAGGCCGCUCGGGUCGUGUAUAAGGUGCCGGAGGAACAGCCGCCCAACACCCUCAUCGGGAGCCUCGCCGCCGACUACGGCUUCCCAGACGUGGGCCACCUGUACAAACUGGAGGUAGGCGCCCCGUACCUUCGCGUCGACGGCAAGACGGGCGACAUCUUCACCACGGAGACCUCCAUUGACCGCGAGGGGCUUCGCGAGUGCCAAAACCAGCUCCCCGGCGAGCCCUGCAUCCUGGAGUUUGAGGUGUCCAUCACAGACCUUCUCCAGAACGGCAGCCCCCGGCUGCUGGAGGGCCAGAUAGAGGUCCAGGACAUCAACGACAACACCCCCAACUUCGCCUCGCCCGUCAUCACCCUGGCCAUCCCCGAGAACACCAACAUCGGCUCGCUCUUCCCCAUCCCGCUGGCGUCCGACCGCGACGCGGGCCCCAACGGCGUGGCUUCCUAUGAGCUGCAGGCCGGGCCUGAGGCCCAGGAGCUCUUCGGGCUGCAGGUGGCUGAAGACCAGGAGGAGAAGCAGCCACAGCUCAUCGUGAUGGGCAACCUGGACCGGGAGCGCUGGGACUCCUACGAUCUCACCAUCAAGGUGCAGGAUGGCGGCAGUCCCCCGCGGGCCAGCAGCGCCCUGCUGCGGGUCACCGUGCUGGAUACCAACGACAACGCUCCCAAGUUCGAGCGGCCCUCCUACGAGGCCGAGCUGUCUGAGAACAGCCCCAUCGGCCACUCGGUCAUCCAGGUGAAGGCCAACGACUCGGACCAAGGUGCCAAUGCAGAAAUUGACUACACAUUCCACCAGGCACCCGAAGUUGUGAGGCGUCUCCUGAGACUGGACAGAAACACCGGGCUCAUCACGGUCCAGGGCCCCGUGGACCGCGAGGACCUCAGUACCCUGCGCUUCUCGGUGCUUGCCAAGGACCGAGGUGCCAACCCCAAGAGCGCCCGGGCCCAGGUUGUCGUGACUGUGAAGGACAUGAACGACAACGCCCCCACCAUCGAGAUCCGAGGCAUCGGGCUGGUGACCCAUCAAGACGGCAUGGCUAACAUCUCAGAGGACGUGGCCGAGGAGACAGCCGUGGCCCUGGUGCAGGUAUCCGAUCGGGAUGAGGGAGAGAACGCGGCGGUCACCUGCGUGGUCGCGGGGGACGUGCCUUUCCAGCUCCGGCAGGCCAGCGAGACGGGCAGCGACAGCAAGAAGAAGUACUUCCUGCAGACUACUACCCCGCUGGACUAUGAGAAGGUCAAGGACUACACCAUCGAGAUCGUAGCCGUGGACUCCGGCAACCCCCCGCUCUCCAGCACCAACUCCCUGAAGGUGCAGGUGGUCGACGUCAACGACAACGCGCCCGUCUUCACGCAGAGCGUGACCGAAGUGGCUUUCCCGGAGAACAACAAGCCUGGGGAAGUGGUGGCCGAGGUCACCGCCAGCGACGCCGACUCGGGUUCGAACGCAGAGCUGGUUUACUCUCUGGAGCCGGAGCCGGCUGCCCAGGGUCUCUUUACCAUUUCGCCCGAGAAUGGCGAGAUCCGGGUGAAGACGUCCCUCGACCGAGAGCAGAGAGACAGCUACGAGCUCAAGGUGGUGGCAGCCGACCGGGGCAGCCCCAGCCUCCAGGGUACGGCCACCGUCCUCGUCAACGUGCUGGACUGCAACGACAACGACCCCAAGUUUAUGCUGAGCGGCUACAACUUCUCGGUGAUGGAGAACAUGCCCGCGCUGAGCCCCGUGGGCAUGGUGACCGUCAUCGACGGGGACAAGGGGGAGAACGCCCGCGUACAGCUCUCGGUGGAACAGGACAACGGCGACUUCGUGAUCCAGAACGGCACCGGCACCAUCCUGUCCAGCCUGAGCUUCGACCGGGAGCAGCAGAGCACCUACACCUUCCAGCUGAAGGCCGUGGACGGCGGCGUGCCCCCCCGCUCGGCCUACGUGGGCGUCACCAUCAACGUGCUGGACGAGAACGACAACGCCCCCUUCAUCACCGCCCCCUCCAACACUUCCCACCGGCUGCUCACCCCGCAGACCCGGCUGGGCGAGACCGUCAGCCAAGUGACAGCCGAGGACAUGGACUCCGGUGUCAACGCCGAGCUCACCUACAGCAUCGCCGGCGGCAACCCUUACGGACUCUUCCAGAUCGGGCCCCACUCGGGCGCCAUCACCCUGGAGAAGGAGAUCGAGCGGCGCCACCACGGGCUCCACCGCCUCGUGGUGAAGGUCAGUGACCGGGGCAAGCCCCCGCGCUACGGCACCGCCUUGGUCCACCUGUACGUCAACGAGACCCUGGCCAACCGCACGCUCCUGGAGACCCUGUUGGGCCACAGCAUGGACACGCCGUUGGACAUCGACAUCGCCGGAGACCCCGAGUACGAGCGCUCCAAGCAGCGCGGCAACAUCCUCUUCGGCGUGGUGGCGGGGGUGGUGGCCGUGGCUCUGCUCAUCGCCCUGGCCGUGCUCGUGCGCUACUGCCGCCAGCGGGAGGCCAAGAGCGGCUACCAGGCCGGGAAGAAGGAGACCAAGGACCUGUACGCCCCCAAGCCCAGCGGCAAGGCCUCGAAAGGGAACAAGAGCAAAGGCAAGAAGAGCAAGUCCCCGAAGCCCGUGAAGCCGGUGGAGGAUGAAGACGAAGCCGGGCUGCAGAAGUCUCUCAAGUUCAACCUGAUGAGCGACGCCCCCGGGGACAGUCCACGCAUCCACCUGCCCCUCAACUACCCACCCGGCAGUCCCGACCUGGGCCGCCACUACCGCUCCAACUCCCCGCUGCCUUCCAUCCAGCUGCAGCCCCAGUCACCCUCGGCCUCCAAGAAGCACCAGGUGGUGCAGGAUCUGCCGCCCGCCAACACGUUUGUGGGCACCGGGGACACCACGUCCACGGGCUCUGAGCAGUACUCCGACUACAGCUACCGUACCAACCCCCCCAAAUACCCCAGCAAGCAGUUACCUCACCGCCGUGUCACCUUCUCGGCCACCAGCCAGGCCCAGGAGCUGCAAGACCCAUCCCAGCACAGUUACUAUGACAGUGGUCUGGAGGAGUCUGAGACGCCAUCCAGCAAGUCGUCCUCGGGGCCCCGGCUCGGUCCCCUGGCCCUGCCGGAGGACCACUACGAACGCACCACCCCGGACGGCAGCAUAGGCGAGAUGGAGCACCCGGAGAACGACCUGCGCCCUUUGCCCGACGUCGCCAUGACGGGCACGUGUACCCGGGAGUGCAGCGAGUUCGGCCACUCUGACACUUGCUGGAUGCCUGGCCAGUCGUCUCCCAGCCGCCGGACCAAGAGCAGCGCCCUCAAACUCUCCACCUUCGUGCCUUACCAGGACCGAGGAGGGCAGGAGCCUGCGGGCGCCGGCAGCCCGAGCCCCCCGGAAGACCGGAACACCAAAACGGCCCCCGUGCGCCUCCUGCCCUCCUACAGUGCCUUCUCCCACAGUAGCCAUGACUCCUGCAAGGACUCGGCCACCUUGGAGGAGAUUCCCCUGACCCAGACCUCGGACUUCCCGCCCGCGGCCACACCGGCGUCCGCCCAGACGGCCAAGCGCGAGAUCUACCUGUGAGCUCCCUUCUGGCCGGCGGCUGCCCUCCCCUCCCUCCCCACGCCGCCGCCGCCGGGCCAGCUCCCAGCGGGGGGGGGGCGCCCCGUGACAGGGCCCCCCCUCACCCUCCCACCCCCCGCCCCCCCAGCAUGGACGACGCGGCCAGGGCCCCAAGUUGCGGGAAUACCGGCCUCAUGCCCACGCUGGUCCCUCCCUCACGCAGGGUCCAGGUCCCCUCCCAGCUCCCAGGAGCCCCUUCUUCCCCUUUAUCGGGCUCCUCCCAGCGGAUGCCCAAGGAGGGGGGGAGGUGUCCCGUGCAAUGACCGGGCUCCCCUCCAUCGGUUUCCAGGGAGCACCCCCUUGCAGUCGGGCGAGUGGUGGAAAGAAGGGUGAGCAGCACACUUCAAAUCAACGUUUCCCGCAUGGCCGACCAGGGCGGGGAUCACCGGCCCCUUCUCAGCCCCCCAGUGAAGCAGGGCUGACCUGGGGACCCCCCCCCCUCUCCUUGGACCACCAGGGGUGCCCUGAAGGGCUUUCAUUACCAAAGGUGGGGUGGGGAUGGGGGCGAGGACAUGAUGGAGGCUCCGUCUUCCAGUACUGCUCCUGGGCUGGCCCCUCUGCCUACCGCCCGCCCGUGUGCCCCGUGUCCCCAUGCCCGGUCACCUGUGGGCACGCCCCUUUCCUUCUGGUCAUGCAGUGUCUGUAUAUAAGGACCUUGGAAUGAUGUCCCCAUUUCUGCCUGAUUUGCAACUUUUCUUGUUGAUGUUGUGUUGUCUUGGGGGAAACCCCUCUAGUUGGGGGGGGGACCUGCCCUGUGUCCCCCGCCCCCUGCUCCAGUGAUGCCCCCCACCCCAGGCCUCUAUUGUUCCAUGUUGUAAAUACCCCUGGGGUUGCGGUGGGAUGGGGGUGCAGGCCAGGGAAACAACUGGGGGGGCGGGGGUGGGGCUUGGGGGUAACAUUUGCCUAUCAGCAGAGCUGGGCUUUUAUUUAAUUUUUUUUUUAAGAAUACAAAUCUCUAUUUUUUUGGAACUGUUGCGCUGUGCCCUGGGGUGGGGGUGGGGAUCCCCGCUCAGGCUGGCCCCCCCCCACCCCGAUGAGCAUCACAGAAGGGCCCUGAAGCUGGGGAGGGGGCAGCUGGACAGGGGUGGGAUGACUGUGCCUCUGGCCCGGUUGGGUGAGUUGGGAGCAGGAAGGUUUGUUUGCUCAGGGGGUGGCUGGUCGCUGCCUCCAAUACGGAGGGCCUGCCCCCUGCCCCCCUCUCUGCCCCCAGCCCCCAGCCCCUGCCAUGACUGACCCUUCAGCCUGUAAAACCACCAUUGCCUUGAUCUCAGGGGGUGGGAAGGGCUGCCGCCUCAGGGCACCCUGGGCUCCAGGCCCCCUGCUUCCAGUUGGGCUUCCCUCGGCCAAGGCCGGGGUCCCAUGGGGGAGGGGGUGGGGAGAUUGGGGGGGCUGAGAAGCCCUGUCAGCCAUGAUGAGGUGAAGGUCUCUUCUUCACCUCAGGGGGCCAGGGUGUGAGGGGCGUCCUGAAGAGCCCCCCAUUUCCCACUGUGGCCAUCUUAAAGCCUCAGCCCCUCUUCCUUCCAGAAACCCCCCCACUGCCUUGGCCCAUACCUCUCCGGCUCUCCAGGGGGCCCUGGCUGGGAGGCUGGAGACUCAGGGUAUGGCCUUUGCUUGACUUAGUCUAAGCUGGGGGGGGGGCGGGGAGGGAAGGGAUGGCCCAAGUGUGGGGGGGGCCGGGUGCAGGCUGCUGGGUUGUCUGGUGCCUUUGGGAGCUGUGCUGCUGGGGUCUUGACUCCUCUAACCCCAGAGACCCCCACUCCCACCCCAGAAAAGCCAGGGGGCUGCAGACUCGCCCUAUUCUCUGACCCUUUACCCCUAGUUGGGUUUGGGGUCCCAGUGCUGGGAAGGAGAACAUCAUGAGGCUGUCAGCUGCGGCAUCCACAGUCCUUCCCUGGAGCCAUGGGUAGCAUGGGCUAGGGGGGCAGCAGCCGGGUCUAGGGGUUGGCCACAGGCUCCUUUCCCUGGGGCAGGCCCGGAAGGUGGGCCCAGGGGCUUGUUCAGUAGACAGCCUCUUACCCCUGCACAAACGGGGCAGGUGCAAUAGCAGUGGAGUUGGCUGGUUGUGAGGUGCCUGGCCCGGGAGGCCGUGUCCUCUAGGGCUGUCCUGAGUCUCGGAGGUCAGGAUUGGGACACAAAGAUUGUAUGAGGCCCUUUUGCUUGAUGGAGAGGUUGGCCCAGACAAGAGGCAUUCCUAGGGCCAGUGGACUCCCUUGGAAGCCUCUGGUCACCUGGGUGCCCUGCCUUGGCCUCGGAGACUCUUAAGCACUGAGUGGAAGGGCGGAGGAGCAUUUGCACAAUGGAGAAGCCAGACGGAAGGGGAUGAGUCCAGGUGGCUGGGAGGACUGAGAAGCACAGAGCCGAAGUCCUUCUACCAACCAAGGCAGAGACCCAGCCGGCCCCCUGGUUGGGGUCAGGGCACUGCAUUUGUCACCACCUGGGCACUCAAGAGGUGAAACCAAAGGUGGGCAGGGGAUGGGUGACAGCACUGGGGACCACCCCUGUUGGUCCUAAGUCUGUGAAACCCCUCCCAAUGCCUUGUGUCGCGUACAGUUUUAUGUACCAAUAGGCGACAUUUGGCCAGAGGAGACACCCCCCCCCAACCCAGCCUGACCCAGUCAGUGUCUUCCUAGAGGGGACCUAGUUGGUCCCCGCCCCCCUACUUCAGAGCCCGUCUCUUGGUAGGGGGAGGGUAUUUGGGGACAUCGUUCUCUCCUAGGGUCCUUGAAGCAUGUCUCAGGCGGCGGGGGGGUUGUCUCUCGGCAUCCCUGACCUGGGGGCUCCCUAGCCCCCAUGCCGCCUCCCUUUGGGAGUCUCUGGGGAACAUGUUUUUCCUACUGGGGACCAUGGAAGCAUGUCUCCCCCUCCCUACCCCAGGCUCUUUGGGGAGCCUGUUUUCCUCCCGGGUUUCCUGGGAGUCCUUAAGACAAGUCAGUCUUGGGCCAUCUCUCUUUCCAGGGAAGGGGGGGAACGAUCUCUGAAGUACCUGGGAAGGGAUGCUUGUAGCCCUCCACCCCCGUCCUUCCUAUGGGGGUG